GCACUUUUUAACUGAUUUUGCAGUCCUAUACAUGUGUAAAAACUUCUGCUUUUGGCUUUCUAUGGCCUUGGGGAACUCCACAUCACACAUGUUACCACAAGUUUUAUGCUGUUAGGUGCAGCUGGUGUGCCUAAAGAUCUUCAAUGAAAGGCUGCAACAUUCCUCUCCAUAAGUUACCAUUUGUUGUUUCUCAGAAAUUUGUGGCUUUGGUUUCUCUCAUCAACUGAGGAGAAGCAAAAGUCUGAGAAAUGGAUGAGAAGGAGGACUCAGGGUCAUGUUUGGUUGUUUCUGAAGAGAAGAGUGAUAGAUUGUAUCCAAUGUAUUUUGGUGUUUCUUUUGCUUUCUUUGCUUUAAGGCUUCUGUCAAGUUCUGAUAAGGAAGAUGAGAAAUGGUCUGAGUUGCAUGAUAAAAUGCUUCAAGGAAGUGCUCAACUGUUGGGUUUGCUUGUGUGGAGAGUCCAGAGAGAGGGGGCUGUUGGGGACAAAUGUGAGGUUCUGCAUAAGCUUGAGACGGCUGAGAAAGAGAUUGCAGAGUUGAGGAAGUUGAGAAGCGAAGACGCCAAAGCUAAUGAGAAGGUUGUUAGCAUCUUUGCAACGCAAGAGCAGACGUGGUUUAAUGAGAGGAAGAAGCUCCAGCAACAUAUUGGAGCUCUUAUUAAUGAAUUGAGGGUGUUUGAGAAAAAGAGAGAUGAAGCUGUUUCGGAGUUGAAUAAAAGAUUGAAGGAAACUGAGAUUUUGGUGGCGUCGAAGGAUAAGGUAUUGGAGGAAGAGGAACAGAAAAGGAAGGAGGUUGAAGAGAAGCUAACAAAAGCGGAAAGUAUUGCAGAAGAAUUGAGAGAGGCUGCAAAGCAAGAAGCUCAAGAUCAUUCUACUGAGAUUUGGAAGCACAAAACUGCUUUUAUUGAACUUGUGUCGAACCAACGGCAACUUGAAGCAGAACUGGGCCGAGCACUUAGGCAAGUUGAAGCUGCAAAACAAGAGCUUGGUUCAGUCUUGGUGCAGAAGGACGAGUCAGUCUUGUUGGCUCAAAAACUGUCAAUGGAAAUUCUAAAGAUGCGCAAGGAUUUGGACCAGAAAGAUAAGGUUUUGUCAGCAAUGCUGAGGAAAUCUAAAUUGGAUACAAAUGAGAAGCAAAUGCUUCUAAAGGAGGUUAAAUUAUCAAAAGCGAAGAAGAAGCAAGCUGAACUGGAAACGGUAAAAUGGAAGAUAGCAUCCGAGUCCAUAAAUGAGAGACAUUCAUUGAGAAGUAUGUUUGUGAAUCAAGUCAAUUCAAGAUUAGAUGCUUCCUUUGGUGCAAGAGGAACAUCACAGACUGGAAAGACCAGACAAGAGCCUACUGAGUAUGUUCUUGAGCAUCCUGAGCUGAAAAAGGACCUCGGUGUUUUCUCGCCGCUUUCUGAUUACUAUUCAGCAGAAGGAAGUGAGGAAUUAGUCAUGGCAACAGAUGUCAAAAGAUUGGAAGGUUGGGUUCGCUCGGAAGCAGAAAAGCAUGCAACUGUAAUUGAGAAGAGGCAUCACUUGGAACUAGAGGCUUUUGCAGAACAAUUGAGAAUGAAUGAUGAAAAAUCAGAAGGUUUUCGUUGGCGGUUGCUGAGUAUGGAAAUUGAAUCAAAGCGGCUGCGGUCCCACUUUGAAGAACUGAACCAGGAGAUAUCACAUCUCAGGCAUAACAAUAUGAAAUUGGAAGCCAUAUUAUUGGAGCGGGAAGAAGAAUUAAGUUCUCUGAAAGAGCAAUUUUUGUUGAAGUUAAAAUCUUUUAAUUGUCAGAAGAACAACAUAAACUCAUCUCUAGAUGAUCCAGCCAUAACCCAUGAUGCCAUUGGUUCCAAAGUCAAGAUCACAAAGAGAAGACCAGCAGAGAAGGAGCAAGAAACAAAAAAAACUUCAGUGGAAAGGCCUCAAGAGAAAGACAUAGAGGUAAAAGACGAAAACCCAUCUCACAGCAAGUUCAAAACUGUGACAGUCCAAUCUCCUGAAAAAGAGUUUGAAAAAGAUAAGGAUGCAACAAUCCAUAGUCCUAUUCAAGAGGAAACUGUGAGUCAGGUGGAGGUUGACACAGCUGAAAAGUUAGCAUCAUCUAACCAGUCCUUGAGCAAGACCAACAGUUCUCCAUGGAGGAUGGACCUUCAUGCUCUUGGAGUUUCUUACAAGAUCAAGAGAUUGAAGCAACAACUUCUUAUGCUUGAGAGGUUGACAGGAAAAACUGGCGAAGAUACAGAAAGUAAUGACAAUGGAAUGAAGGGUUUGCUAGUGUUGAUGUCUUUGGUAAAUAAACAAGUCAGCAGGUAUCAGUCCCUCCAAGGGAAGACCGAUGAUCUCUGUAAGCGUAUGCAUGAGACUGAUCUAGACAUGAGUCAAGGGGAUUCGAGUACUGCAAGGAGGAAAGGAGAAACUAAAACACUAGAGCAUCUCCUCGAGGAAACGUUUCAGCUACAGCGAUACAUAGUUGCAACAGGACAGAAGUUGAUGGAAGUUCAAUCCAAGAUUGCUUCUGGUUUUGUGGAGUUCACAGAAGAACUUGGCAAGACUGCCAGCUUAGACAAGAAGCGCUUUGCUGAUAAUCUAAGAACUCUCUUUCAGGAGGUCCAAAGAGGUCUUGAAGUUCGGAUAUCUCGAAUCAUUGGAGACCUUGAAGGAACUCUGGCUUGUGAGGGGAUGCUUCAUUUGAGAAGGUAAUUGUGAAUGCAAUAGGCCUGAAAUCAGGCCAAAUAAGAGUUAGAAUGGCAUGAUUCAUGAUUGUGCUGAUUUCUGUAGUUAUUUUUGUAUAGAAAUAAUAUAGUUAAAAUAAUUUUAAUGCAAUAGAAA